GAAGUUCGGGGGUGGAAGGUCGGGACGCCCCGGUGCCUGGGUUUCCGCUGCAGCGCGGCUCCGGGCCGGGACGGCAGAAUGGGUUUGGACUGGAUAGGCUUUGGCUAUGCAGCAUUGGUUACAUCAGGUGGAAUAAUUGGCUACGCAAAAGCAGGUAGUGUCCCAUCUCUGGCUGCUGGUCUUCUUUUCGGGAGCUUAGCUGGACUGGGUGCUUAUCAGUUGUCUCAGAAUCCAAAAAAUGUGUGGCUUUCUCUGAUUGCAUCUGGAACACUGACUGGAGUUAUGGGAAUGAGAUUUUACAACUCAGGAAAAGUCAUGCCUGCAGGUUUAAUUGCUGGUGCCAGUCUGUUAAUGGUUGGGAGACUUGGACUGAAGAUGAUUGAAAAGCCCCAUGGUCCAUAACUGUGAAGAUCAUGUGACUUAACGUGUCAAUAGGAAGCCUGAAAAUGCAGCUGCCUGAAUGUUCAGAGAGUACACAACUGUUCUUACAUUAAAAUAACUUUUUUUUUUUUUUUUUUUUUUUAAAGAUUGGGGGAAAUUGAUGGGAUGGAUGAGUGUUAAGUAUACAAAAUAUCAUUUUGUUUCAUCAGUCAAUAUUUAUCUGUACUUUGUUCCGAGAAGUUGGGUUAGUGUUAAUUUAAAUUUUUCCUAAUACAUCUUUCAUUAACCACUCCCAUUUUGAGCAGUCCCAAAAAAAAAAAGUAUGGACAACAUAUGAGGGAGAGAGGGAACUGGUGCCUAA